AAUAACAUUGCACAGAGAAGAAAUAGGUACUACUUGUGACUGUUUGACAACUGCAAAGAUUUAAUUUUAUAGAAAUAACCUAAUUUUAAUGUUUCGGUGCUAUCCUAGUGAAAAAAAUACCUAUUACCAUCGAAAGCUGGAAUAACGCUUUCAAAAUGAGCUUUUUAUUUGGGAGUCGUUCCAACAAGACUUUCAAACCGAAGAAGAACAUACCGGAAGGCACGCACCAGUACGACUUGAUGCGGCACGCGGCGGCCACGCUGGGCUCCGGCAACCUGCGCCUGGCCGUCAUGCUGCCGGAGGGCGAGGACCUCAACGAGUGGGUGGCCGUCAACACGGUGGACUUCUUCAACCAGAUCAACAUGCUGUACGGCACCAUCACGGAGUUCUGCACGGAGGACUCGUGCGCCGUGAUGUCGGCGGGGCCCAAGUACGAGUACCACUGGGCUGACGGACACACCGUCAAGAAGCCCAUCAAGUGCUCCGCGCCCAAGUACAUCGACUACCUCAUGACGUGGGCGCAGGACCAGCUCGACGACGAGACACUCUUCCCCUCCAAGAUAGGAGUGCCGUUCCCCAAGAACUUCCUGGCGAUGGCGAAGACGAUCCUGAAGCGGCUGUUCCGCGUGUACGCGCACAUCUACCACCAGCACUUCCCCGAGGUGGUGCAGCUCGGCGAGGAGGCGCACCUCAACACCUCGUUCAAGCACUUCAUCUUCUUCGUGCAGGUGACACUCUCCUGUGUAACGAGUUAGAUUUGCAGCUGUGAAUAAAAGAAUUCAACCUGAUCGAGCGACGGGAGCUGGCGCCGCUGCAGGAACUCAUCGAGAAACUCACCGCCAAGGAGGCGCGAUGAGUCCCCCCCCCUCCCCGCCACCACCCGCCGGCACACACACACACACACACACACACUCCGGCCCCACGCGAACUCACGAGUAUUCCGAGUAGAUAACUUUUAAAAUGCCUCCGCCCUAAGGUUUGGCGGGUGCUUGGCACGAUAACUAUACUUUAAAUUAAUUUUGUUUACCUAAGUAAUGUUUAUGCUAUUUACGUUAUACUAGUAAAGUAAGCGUAAAUCGUAAAAAACGACAAGUCUAACAUUAUAACUCGUGCAACUCGAACAUACUGGUGUUAAAUAAUUAAAGUAAAUAUACAUCUAUACUAAUAUAUUGAGGAGGAAUCGUUUCUUGUAUCCUACAGGCUACUGUUGAACCCAUUUGAGUAAAUAAAAUCACAAAAUUAUUCACUGGUGCUAGCUAGACUAUUCCCGAGUGACAUAGGCUAUAUUAUAGGGAACAGGAAGAGGAUCUUGCGAGAUUCGGAUGAACCCGCGACAAAAUAGCUAGUAUAUAAUAAUAGUUUUAUCGGUCCAGUAGCCUUUAGAGUGCAAACAAGAAAUGUUUUGUCUUUAAUAUGUUGGUGUAAAGGAUACUAUCUAAUUAGCGUACAGCGGACGGCUCAUGUAGACAUUGCUCUCUUGGAAGCUGAGCGGGCAAUGUGGGCACGAGUGGCGUCGCCCUGGAGCCGCCAGCACUGACCCGCGGCUACAGAGACCAGAGGACGGCCUUCCUAUCAAUAAGUUUAUAUAUAGAUGCAAUUUAUCUUUGGAAAAUAUUUAGAUUUGAUACAUGAAGUAUAAUGGUAUAUUUAGGUAGCAGCGGCGACUGUCGCCGUGACGAUGUCCCACUAUGUGAUGUGCUAUUCGCUAAGUUAUUUAUUAUUUGAUGAUUGACGACAGUCUAAGAGUAUUUAUUAGAUUAAAUCUUUAUUUCGGAUGUCUCAUGUGUAUUUAUGGUUUAAUGCAAUUAUAAUCUCUUGUAGCAUUAAUAUUAGUGGUGUAGAUAUAUUUUGUGCAUUUAAUAUAUUUUGAUUUCGUGUUCAAUCAUAUCGAUCUAUGUUGCGACUGAAAAGUGAUGUAUUUAAUUUAAAAUUAGACAAUUUCUGAAUAAAACAUUAAGUUUUCUUAA